AUGAUUAAAAUAAAUCUAUCGAUAAAUACAUUGCUUUCAGUCCAGACACAAGAAGUGCAACUUCUGGAGCAACUGAUCGAUGAUAACGAUGUGGUCUUCCUAUUGAUGGACACCAGAGAGAGCCGAUGGCUGCCGACAGUGUUGUCGGCCGUUAAGAAUAAGUUGGUCAUAAACGCUGCUCUCGGGUUCGACACCUUUUUAGUUCAAAGGCAUGGCGUGAGACGUACGGAGACUACAGGUGCGACCAACGAUCAGUCUAUUGUCGGAGCUGUCGGUGGCGAGCUUUCGACAACAUCUACGACUGGCACCGGGAGGUCGAGGCGAGUGAGUGGCGCCGAUUUGGGCUGUUAUUACUGCUCGGAUGUCGUCGCACCGGGAAAUGUGAGAUCCAUUUACAUACUCAUUGAGAUUGUUUCGCAUGAAAUGCCUUCAUUUCCAUUAGAUUUUCCGCAUAAAUAUUUAUGA